AUGACGGAAACCGCCUCCAAGGCUGCUUUUCAGAUACAGCCAGAAAGGGGCAUCAGCUGGAUAACUCUCGGAUCUUCUAUCUACAGUAUUAUAACAAGGCUGAAAGCGUCGCCAAAGAUAUAUCCAAAUCUCGAGUUGUCCUAUUCCGAUUCUGAACCAAUCACACAACCGGUUGUCCUCAGUCUCCCUUCUAAUGGACUGAGGCUGCGGUUUGACGGUCCAGACCAGCGACUACGGCUAAUCGAGGUCUUGGACUUUUCUCUGAGCUCUUUUGUUUAUAAGAAUACAGAUCUGGUCCGCCGAGUUAAGGGUUCGGACGAGAUCGGUCAAGAUGAAGGCUCUUCCAGUGGUCCCACGUUUCGUCAUGUCUACAACCGUCUCUUUGGACCAACGUACGCCGGAGAAUACAUUGCUCCAGAUUCUGGUCUUUCGGAAGGCACAUAUGUUCUCUCGUAUCCAGGACUGGCAUUUACCUUUCCCGUGAAACAUCAAGCCUGGUCCGAAAAGGUGGAUUUUGUGUCAAUUUUGUCGUCCAAUGCAACUGGGUCGGCAAAGUCUAUGGCCAUCUUCGCCGGAUCCUCGUGGACCGAAGCAAGAUCAAGUUUGUAUACGAGACCUCCGACGUAUCCUCGAUCACCGACACUCGUGGGCAAGUCUGUUGAGGCGGUGCCGGACGAGAUUGAGGAGGUAAGAGUGUUCGGAGGUGGCAGGCUGGAACUACUGCGGAGAGCCUCCCCACCAAUGGCAAUCACAUUGAGUGAAACAACACCUCAAGAUCUUGUGGCGGAACUAGGACCCCCUGAUGCCAUAUACCGUAAGAAUGAUAGGCGGAUUUCUAUUCAUGCUACCGGCAACCCUGCGAAUCGGCGGCGGCCUAGCAUGUCACCCGGGCUCGAUCCUCAGGCCCUGGACACCGACCAAUCUUCGAUUCAGAGCUAUACCGAAGAAUCAGACUUUGAACCCGACCUUGAGGAAGAUAGAGCAGAUUCGUCUAGUGAUGAGUGUUUCUACAACUACUUUAAGCAUGGAUUUGACAUCCUGAUAUCAUCCCCGGCCACGAGAUCACCACCUUUCCCUGAUUCGAUGACCAGCGAAGGCUCUGGUUCGUCCAGCGCGCCACUGGUCGCCACCAAGAUCUUCUUACAUGGCAACGUACCUGGCUCGUUCGCCUUCAAUCGCCAUCGAAGAAGUCGGUGGGUGAUACGUACUCGUGGGGAAACCCGAGGGCCAUUCCUGAGUUCAGAAAUGGCAUUCUCUGAAAUAUCUCGGGCGCUGAAAGAGGUGUGGCAUGAGACUUACAAAGACGAGAACGAGGAGAAGCAAAUGCAGCGAGGGAUGGUCCUCAACAGGGGGUGGGGAGAGAGUCCAGAGAGCUCAAUAGAGCUGCUGGGGGAUCUAGAGGAAAGUCCGACUCGAGAAAAGACAGACGACCAUGGUACAGUAGAUGCUGGAGGGGGCAUGGGCAACACGGAGCUGUUUGGGUUCCCAGGCAUGUUGUUUGAAGUGCUGAAGAACGACACAGUCAGCUGUCUGACGGUAUUUUAG